AUGUCAUCAACAAAGUAUGAGAUUGAGAAAUUCACCGGUGUGAAUGAUUUCGGUUUAUGGCACUUGAAGAUGCUAGCUCUUCUUGUUCAACAGGAUUUGUUAGAAGCGUUGAAAGGAUCAGAUAAUAUGGAAAGGGGAAGACAUAUAGGUUACCUGGAAGAGUUUGGAAAGGAAUUCGCAAAGGAGUUUGGGAAGGAGUAUGCCAAGGAAUCUUACUCAAAAAAGUUUGAAAAAACCAAGAGAAAUCUGCAACAUGAAAGGAACAAAAGCUAUUGGUUAACUGUUGCACUAAUAGUGUCAUGUGUGUUGUUUGCCAUUGUAUUCAAUAUGAUGUAG